AUGACUGGACUAAACUCAUCAGCGAAGCUACCACCUCCAUCAGUGGGAAAGUUACUAACUGUCCUCAGCAUUGAUGGAGGUGGCAUAAAAGGACGCAUCCCUGCUGUUGUUCUUCAAUUCCUAGAGGGAGAGCUUAAGAAACUUGAUGGAGAGCAGGCAAGAAUUGCAGACUAUUUUGAUGUGGUUGCAGGAACAAGUACUGGUGGCCUCAUUGCAGCAAUGUUGGGUGUCCCAGAUGCCAAUGCAAACAACUCUCGUCCAAAAUAUAAUACCGAUGAUAUAAAAAAUUUCUAUAUCGACGAUGGUCCCAAAAUUUUCCCUCCUAACGCUCCUACUCCUAAUUCUGGGCCCAUAUAUGAUGGAAAAUGUUUGCACAAAAUUUUGAAAGAAGAAUUAGGGUCAAUUAGAUUGGUUCAAGCGUUGACCAAUCUUGUGAUCCCAACCUUUGAUGUUUUACGACUUAGGCCUACUAUUUUUUCAAAGUAUAAGGCUCAAGAAGAUAAAUUCAAAUACUUGAAUGGGCUCCUGUCAGAUAUAAGCAUAUCAACUUCAGCUGCACCUGUUUAUCUCCCAGCACAUUGUUUUACCUCUGAAGAUGGUAGCACAGAAUUCAAUAUGAUUGAUGGUCGUGCAGCUGCCGGUAUUGGUGGUUCUAAGAGCAACUCCAAUGUUCUAAGAGCAACUCUAAUGGGCAUAGUUUUGAGGCCUGUUACUGACAAAAGCAAGUGGGCCAUAAACAGGAACUGGAACGAGUUCCCUACUGGAGAUGGUCUAAGUGAAUUAGGACAAGAGCAGAUGAAGCAUUCAGAGUUAUACAUAAUGAUGGAUACAGCAGAUGACUGCUCCAAUAUCUUACUGCUGUCUCUGGGUUGUGGAGUUCAACCGCCAGUGGCUGCGCCGGGAUGGACCGUUAACACAGUAAAUCAAUGGAAUCUAAUAGGAUGGAUGGCUGAAAUUGAUUAUUCAACGGGUACAAUAAAAAGAUCCCCUGCAUUGGAAAUUAUCGGUGCUGCAACAUCAGACAUAGUGGAUUAUUAUGCUUAUAGUGUCUUUAAAGCUCGUAACGCUGAGCGCAAUUACCUUCAAGUUCAACUAUGCUAAGAUUCUGUCCGACGAGAGGAAGAGUCGAAUCGCUAAAUUGGGAUCCAAGAAUUAUUAGUGUCAAAUUGAUGGAACUACCGUCGCAGCAAAGUCAAUCGUCAUCGUGUUGUUUGAAUUAUAUUUAUUUCCUGUGUGUGCAUGUAGUUAGACAUGCCUUCCCUAUGUAUGUGUGCUAUGAUAAUUAAUCCUUCUCUGUUGUAAAUUUGUAAUCAUCUUUGUGCUUUGUUUUCAAUUAACAAAUAAUGUUGCUUUUCUAUUCUAAGAAUCAACAAAAGUG